UUCGACGAUCGCGAUGAUGCUCACGACCACGGCCACGAUGGUUCGCGCGAACGUCCGCGCGACGAACGCGCGACGCGCGACGAACGCGCGACGCGCGUCCGCGAUGACGGUCAAGCCGGCCGUCGCGCUUCGAUCGACGACGAUCGCGCGCGCGGAAAAGUUUAACGCGGACGACGUGUUGGCGACGAUCGCGGACAAGUGGGAAGAAACCGAAAAUAAGUCGACGGUGAUCACGUACGUGGCGGGCGCGACGGCGGCGGUGUGGUUGUCCUCCACGCUUGUUGGUGCGAUCAACGUGGUGCCGUUGUUGCCGAAGAUCAUGGAACUCGUCGGUUUGGGCUACUCCACCUGGUUCGCGUACCGAUACGUGUUGUUCAAGGAGAGCCGCCAAGAGCUCGUGGAACAAGUGGAUGCGCUCGUGUCCAGAGUGUCGGGCGAAGAAUAAGCGCGAGGAAGACGAACAGCACGCAAGCAAGCCGCGCGCGCGAUUCCGGUGCGCCGCGACGAUGAGAAGAGAGUUUUCGAUUCAGGUGUAACGUUUCUUUCCGUCGGCGGUGCGGGCUCGCGUGUAAUGAAGACCACACAUGACACUUUCCU